AUGGGUUCCACCCCCCACCACCACCAGGACCGCCGCCGCAUCCACCAGAAUGCCCUCACUAACCUGGAGCAGCAGGUGGAAGAAUUAGAGAAGGAGAUAGAGAAGCAUAGAGAAUUGAGGGGGCUGUGGAGGAAGAGGCUGGAGAGAACGCAAGACUAUCUAAGGCACUGUCUUCAGUUGGCUCAGGAGAAUGGAUUCCUGGACAUCAUCAUCAACAACAACAACAACAACGCCGCCGCCGCCGCCGGCCAGCGGGAAUCCCUUCUUCCCUCGGAUAUCACCAGCCCGGCGCCCCCGAUUCAAUAUCAUUGCCUCCUUGCCCAACUCGCUGAGCAGGCCAAGAUCAAUGGCUGGUACAUUCACCCACGUGAGAUUGAACUCGGGGAGAAGGUUGGGCACGGAAGCACGGCGGAGAUCCACAUGGGAACAUGGCGAGGACUCGACGUUGCAGUGAAAUGCUUAAACCCUGAUUUCUUCCUCUCCAACCACAAUGGUGUCGCCUUCUUCGCCCAAGAAGUCGAAACACUGUCCCGGCAGCGCCACCCCUUCGUGCUCCGCCUGAUCGGCGCCUGCCUCGACCCACCGGAGCAUGCCUGGAUCGUGACCGAAGUCUUCACCAAAACGCUCAACGAGUGGCUCCACGGGCCCGGCGGCCGGGGCAGGCAACGGACUGCCCCGCUUCCGCCUUUCCCGGAGAGGGUGGCUAAGGCGGUGGAGAUUUCUCAGGCGAUGCAGUACCUUCAUCAACACUCGCCGGCGAAGGUCAUUCAUCGGGAUCUGAAGCCGACCAACAUCUUUCUGGACGACGCUUUUCACGUAAGGGUUGCGGAUUUUGGACACGCCCGGUUCUUGAGCGACGAGGAGAAGGCGCUCACCGGCGAAACAGGAACGCAUGUGUACAUGGCGCCGGAGGUGAUAAGAUGCGAGCCAUACGAUGAGAAAUGUGAUGUGUACAGCUUCGGCGUCAUACUAAAUGAGCUCAUCACCGGCGAGUACCCAUACAUCGACACGGAUUACAGUCCUUCCAGGAUCGCCAUGGAAGUUGCAGAGGGGAGGCUGAGGCCGGCGCUUCCCAAGGAAGACGAGGAGAAGGAGGAUAAUCAGUACAAACGGGUGCUGAGAGAGCUUGUACAAGUGUGCUGGCAUGAAGAUGCCGCUGGCAGACCAACAUUUGCAUCAAUCACGUCCACUCUCAAACCUAUUCUUCCACAAGCACCUACUCUUUCUGUCUCUUUCUCAGCUGCACCCUUGGCUAAUUAA